AUGCCAAUCAACGUCCGCCUGCUCGCCGUCGCGGCGACCACGUCCCUUGUUCUCUAUGGGACUGUCUACUCUGUCGCAUACAGCACAUACCUCGACACCUCGAACCCGCUCAUCACCGCACUCCCCCAUCAUCUCCACGAGACACAUUACUUCGCGUCCAAGCACAACCCGCUCAAUGUCUACUUCAUAAAGAAGCUCUGGCUAUGGACAAGUUCCGCCUUCCUCUUCCACUUCCUCACUAGCCCGGCGCCGGCGCGCAGUCUACGACGCGUCAUUCAGUAUGCCCUCGCGACCAGUCUCUGGCUCGCGUUCACCGCCUGGUUCUUCGGGCCCCCCGUCCUCGAUCGUCUCAUCGCUUCUACCGGCGGCGAGUGUGUCCUCCACCUCCCUUCAGGCGCUGCGGUUUCCGUUCCUCACGACUACUGCCACACAAAGUCCACCGUAUCGCUAGCCACACAUCCUCGUCUCUUUCCCGCCGCGAUCCUGCUCCCGGACGGCGAGUGGACGGGGACGCCACGACUGCGCAAAGGCCAUGACGUGUCCGGACACAUCUUCCUGCUCACGCUCGCGGUCCUCUUCCUCGUGGAUCAGCUGCGCUGGUCUUUCGCAAGUCUCCCUGGGACUCGCGCUUGGCCAUCCUCGCACAGCGCGGCCGUCGCGUACACCAGCAUAGUCGUCGCCGCAUCACUGUUCUCCAUCUACACCACGAGCGUGUACUUCCAUACUCCAUUGGAGAAGUUCACUGGCUAUGUCCUUGGCCUGGCCAGCUUCGCCCUCACGCAACUGCCGUACGCUUCAAGUAAUGAGCCCAUAUCAGCUGGAAAGACGACCUCAUAG